AUGGAUAAUAAAAAGAUAAAUAUGAAAGAACACCAAUGGAGGUUAUUUGAAUAUAAUAUGAGCAAAUGGAUGAUUGAAAAUAAAUAUAUUUUGGACAAUGAAGAAAAAAAAAAAUUUUAUAAAUGUGCAAAUUAUAGUAUUGGUAGUGGUAUGCUAAAUGCUUCUUUAAUAUAUUUUUUAUGCAAAAAAAAUCAAAAGUAUUUUUCAUCUAUGUCAAGAUUAUUUUUAACUUGUUCAUUGGGCAUUUAUACUUCCAUGGUUGUAAAUAAAAUAUAUAGAAGAAAAGCAUAUACCGAGAUAUUAACAGAAAAAACAACCAUGACUGAUAAGGCAAUAGAAGUUAUGAACGAUAUAUUAAAUGUUAACAAUAAUAAAAUACCCACUAAUGAGACCAAUAAUUUGACAAAUAAAAUAAAUGAGUAUAAUGCACGAGAUGGUUCCGACAUAAAAACAAAUAGUGAUAAUAAUCGAAAUGAACAUACCGAAAACCUAGUUCAGAAUUUAAAUGAAACCAUUAUGCGCGAACAAAUAAACGAGCUCGAAAGAUGUAAAGAUGUAUCAAUUUGCACAGAUGAAAAUAUUAAAAAUAUGAUAAAAACAUUAGAAAAAUAUUCGCAGAAUUCCUAUAUAUUAAAAGAGCCCAAAGAAGGGCAAUCUAUGAGUUGGGAUGAUAUAAGAAAAAUGAAUAAGUAA